GGGUGGGGGUUGGGGACAAACUGUUAUAAAGCUGGGGACUCUGGGGAGGCAGCUGUCCUGUCUGGAGCCGUCACAGCCCCUAUUGCCUCCACCACUAUGUCCACCUACCGCCUCGUGAUGGUUCGUCACGGCGAGAGCAUCUGGAACCAGGAGAACCGCUUCUGUGGCUGGUUUGAUGCCGAACUGAGCGAGAAGGGGGUGGAGGAGGCCAAGCGGGGGGCCAAGGCCAUCAAGGAUGCCAAGAUGGAGUUUGACAUCUGCUAUACGUCGGUGCUGAAGCGGGCCAUCCGCACCCUCUGGACCAUCCUUGACGGCACUGACCAAAUGUGGCUGCCGGUGGUCCGCACCUGGCGGCUCAACGAGAGGCACUACGGGGGCCUCACCGGCCUCAACAAGGCAGAAACGGCCGCGAAGCACGGGGAGAAGCAGGUGAAAAUCUGGAGGCGUUCUUUUGACAUCCCUCCACCUCCCAUGGACGAGAAGCACCCCUACUACAACACCAUCAGCAAGGAACGUCGGUAUGCAGAUCUGAAACCCGAGGAACUGCCCACUUGCGAGAGUCUCAAGGACACCAUUGCCCGGGCCCUUCCCUUCUGGAAUAAGGAGAUCGUUCCCCAGAUCAAGGCUGGCAAGAGAGUGCUUAUUGCGGCUCACGGGAACAGUCUUCGGGGCAUUGUCAAGCAUCUGGAAGGGAUGUCAGACCAAGCCAUCAUGGAACUGAACCUACCCACGGGGAUUCCCAUCGUGUAUGAACUGGACAAAGAGCUGAAGCCUACCAAGCCAAUGCGGUUCCUGGGUGAUGAGGAGACAGUGCGAAAGGCCAUGGAGGCAGUGGCUGCACAGGGCAAGGCCAAGUGAAGGGUGGUCUUUGAUGAAUAAAGGCA